GCGGCGCCCGGAGUCUCCUCCCUGGGCCGGGCCGGGCCGGAGGCGCGCGGAGCGGCCCCACCCAGCGCGCGGCGAGCCGAGCCGAGCCGAGCCGGGCGGCGCAGGGGCACGAUGAUGGCCCUAUUCAGCAAGCUGCUGGACUGGUUCCGGGCGCUGUUCUGGAAGGAGGAGAUGGAGCUCACCCUGGUGGGGCUGCAGUACUCGGGCAAGACCACCUUCGUCAACGUGAUCGCGUCAGGGCAGUUCAAUGAAGACAUGAUCCCAACGGUGGGCUUCAACAUGAGGAAGAUCACCAAGGGAAACGUCACCAUAAAGCUCUGGGACAUCGGUGGUCAGCCUCGUUUCCGUAGCAUGUGGGAGCGAUAUUGCCGCGGAGUCAGUGCCAUUGUGUACAUGGUGGAUGCUGCAGACCAGGAGAAGAUCGAGGCCUCAAAGAAUGAACUUCACAACCUGCUUGACAAGCCGCAGCUCCAAGGCAUCCCUGUUCUAGUGCUUGGGAACAAGCGAGAUCUCGCUGGUGCCUUGGAUGAGAAAGAGCUUAUUGAGAAGAUGAACCUGUCUGCCAUCCAAGAUCGAGAGAUUUGUUGCUAUUCCAUCUCCUGCAAAGAAAAGGACAAUAUUGACAUCACCCUACAGUGGCUUAUUCAGCACUCAAAGUCCAGGAGAAGCUGAGAGCCCUGGGACCACGCCUCGGAGCGGGGAAGAUGCCAUUGUCCAAGCCCCCUUCUCUCUGUCCCCUGCUCUGUCCCUCUCUCUCCAUCUCUCUCUAGAUGGGUAUUUUUAGGGGACCCCAGGCUCUGCUCCUGCUGAGACGGAGCUCCUGUUUUUAUUGUAAAGAAGCUGUCGGACUCCUCUGUCUCUCUCCCCCUCUCGUUUUGGCACUGUUCUGUUGUGGUCGAUGUGUAUACAGUAUAUAUAUAUAUGUAUAUAUAUAUUUUAAUUUAAGCAAUGACGCUGUUACUAAACUGGGCCCUGUGACUUGUAGAAGUGCUGGAGGUGAUUGAGCCUCCAAGGCAGUAUUGGGAGGGUGGCGUGGGAGCGGAGCGGCUUGGCUGGGCCAUUCCAUGCUGAAUGCAGGCUCCCAUGGGGACGUCCCCCCAACCCUGAGGCCCUUGGGCCCCUCUGGUAUCUUCACUAGGUCUGGUUCCCCCUCCUCCCCCCCCCCAAGCCUCUGGAGCUCCCGCUGCCCCAUGCCCACCCCCGCUCUCCGUGCUGCAGGUAGACACAGCCCUUGGGGGCAGGGCAGUGGGGAUGUUUGAGGCCAGCAGUCUUGACCAGGCUGUGGGGAGUCAGUGCUGUGCCCGUCUGCAGAGCCACCCCUCCUGCCCCUAGACCUCUGCCCUUUCCUCAGGCACUCGGCCUUGCGGUCCCAUGCUCAGGCAGGGAUUGGGCACUGGCUGGGAGGGGCAGGGGCAACUCCCUCCCUCUCCUCUCUCCUUUCUGCAACCCAGGCCCCAAAGUCUCCACAAGUGACUCACUCCUGCCUGCUCCCCUGGCUGUGGAGGAACGUGGGGGCACUCUGCCAUUCCCCCAGGUUGCUUUGGGGGUUCUCCAGCUCCUUAGAAGCUCUCUGGGUGGGACGAGCUGUGCGGCAUGGGGGUGAGCUGGUACCUGCGGGCCAGUGACCAGCGCCUGGGGAACGCUCUCUGUGCCCAGAGCUGUGGAGGGGCUGUGGCACCUGCUGACCCAGGUCCUGCCUAGGCCUGUGCAUAGGGGUGGUGUGCAGCACGCACACAUUCACCUGCUCUCUCGUGGCCUGUGCCAUUGGCUCUGCCAUGGGGUCGGGCCCCCGCUUUGCUUAGGGGAGGGGUCAUCGCUGUUGCAAUUGCUGUAGAACUGAAGCCAAGGACAAAGCAGGUUCCCCUCCUGCUGCAGCCCAGAACGGGGGUGUCUGCCCCAGUUCAUGUGCAUGCCUCAUACCCAGGAGAUCAAGGGCUCAGGCUCUGGGGACCCAGAGAUGGGAAAACCCCUUCCGGCCUUGUCCAUCUCCAUGGGCCCAGGGUGGGAUUGUGCCCUGCAGA